AGGUCUGUCCCAUUGUUGGCGCUCAGCCAGUGCAAGUUCUCUUCCCUCACACCUCAUCCCAUGAUCAUCUGUGCUCCCCCUGCAGCAGCUCCACGGCAGGUACCUAACAAACCCUGGUGGGCACCAGGGCAAGGCAGGUGUCUCCAUGUGGGCACUGUCAACAUUUGGGGCUGAGCACCUUGAUGUGGGCCCUUCUUGUGCUCAGCAGGAUAUUGAGCAGCAUCCCUGGCCUUUACCCACUAGAUGCCAGGAGUGCCUGCACCCUCGAGGGGUUGAUGGUGACCCAAAGUAUCUCCAGACAUAGUCAAAUGUUCCCUGGGAGUGACAGAGUCGCCCAGGUGAGCAUCCCUGGUCUAGGGUCCAGGAGCUUGAUCACAUAUGCCUGAUUUUCUACUGUGUGGUUGGGGGCACAGGGGCCCAUAACAAAGCUUCUUAGGCAGAAGGGGCUUAUCGCAUGGAACUUAGUGCUAGGCUGGAAGGUAAAAUAUUUUUCUUGGCUGACGAUUUGCUUCUCCUUUGGUGUUAUCACAGUAUGCAUGACACUGAGAUGUUUCAUUUCUGCCAUCUCUCCUAAGAUCGUCAAGUGCAGGGAAUCAGGAAGCAAGUUGCCUUUUCCACAUAUCCGCUUGGUGUGAAAGGCUGUCGCCUUCCCAUAGCACUAAGCGCCUGGGGGAUCAGGCUCUCCUUUUCGGAAAACAGCCGGUUUCCUUCCUCCCCUUGUACCAGAUGGCAACAGCCUGUUCGACUCCAUGGCUAGUGGGAUGCGUCUGAUCGUUAGCUGCAUCUCCUCCUUCCUCAUCCUGUCGCUGCUGCUUUUCAUGGUCCACCGGCUUCGCCAGAGGCGGCGGGAACGCAUUGAGUCCCUGAUUGGAGCCAACUUGCACCACUUCAAUCUCGGCCGGAGGAUCCCCGGCUUUGAUUAUGGCCCAGAUGGGUUCGGCACCGGCCUCACGCCACUACACCUUUCUGACGACGGGGAAGGCGGCACGUUCCACUUCCACGACCCUCCGCCUCCCUACACUGCAUACAAGUACCCAGACAUCGAUCAGCCUGAUGAUCCGCCGCCGCCCUAUGAGGCCUCCGUCAACCCUGAUAGUGUGUUCUACGAUCCCGCAGGUGCUUUCCCCCACCCCCGGGAAAGGGAGCAGCACGUCACUAACCAGGGGCCCGGUGGUCCUCCUCCCCAGUCCAUGAGGCCCUGAACCUCCAUUUCUUCCUGGCCUUCUGCUUUCCCCUUGGGUUACCCUUUAGGUGGAAGGAACCACCGUCUGUCAGUAGGCGGGC